UUCAACACAAGAUUAGAUUCAAGCAGAUUGCAUCAAGAUAGUGGUGGGUGUGGCGUUAAACAAUUUGGUGCUAUAAAUGAUGUAAAUACUAGCUUGAAAAACAUUGCUGCUCCAAGUGCGAUCCUUAGGUUUCCAAUUGCAACAAACUGCUUAGACAAACCUGUAACAACCUCAACUUCGACCAUUAAUACUAUCAACUACAGCAACAAUUAUUAUAUCAACCGAUUUCAGCAAUUCUCUUCCUCAACAGAUGAAAAACCUGGAAAAGAAUUUUGUUUAAAGACUGUGAAUACAACUUCAAGCAAAGUCAAAUCAUAUCAAGGCAAUUGUAAUAUAUCUUUUAUUCCUCAAGAAUUCAAUUCAACUCUAUAUCCUCCAUAUUGGAACCAAUCUUCCUCACCACCAUCAUUUUCAACACUAUUCUCACACCAUCUACUGAUGAUAGAGUUGACAAAUGACCAAACAUUAGAAAAAACACCAAGAUGUAUUGAUAAACAUAAAC